AUGGUAAGCGCUUCUGUAUUCCAAAAGCCUCAUGCACUGGUUGUGCCCUUUCCCCUUGCGGGACAUAUAAAUCCCAUGAUGCAGCUUGCCGAGAAGCUCGUCUCAGACGGGUUUCUCGUUACAUUCGUUAACACUGAGGACAAUCAUUCCCGCAUAACGGAAGCAAAUAAUGAAUUAAUGAAAUCUGCAGAGAAGGAUGAUAAUCUUAGAAUGGUAUGUAUACCAGAUGGUCUCGCACCCGAAGUGCCACGCCCUGACAUUAUCAAACUAAUAGACUCACUGCAAGCCACUCUCGAUUUUUCCCUACUCAAACUCAUUCAAGAGAUCAACGAGAACGAAGCACAAAAGAUCACUUGCCUGAUUACGGACUUAACCGUCUAUUACGUUCGAGGCGUGGCUGAGCAUUUUAAUAUUCCACAUGCAUUUUUCUGUCCAGCCUCUAUCGCCACGGCGGCCGUGACUCAUGCUGGAUCAACCUUGGUCACUUCUGGAAUUGUGACUCCCAACGGCAUUCCAAAGGUGCACAAAUUGAUCAACGUUCUUCCCUGCAUGCCUCCUUUGCAUUCUACGCAGCUUUCGUGGAUGUUUGGAGGAGAGGCUGAUAUUGCCCAAAAUUUCAAGACGACUCUUGCAAUUGAGCAACAACUUAAGACGGAUAUCAUUCUGUUUAACUCUUUCUACGAUCUGGAAGCUCCUAUUAUCAACGCAUAUCCAGGAAGACAAAUACAAGUAUGCCCAAUAGGCCCUCUUAUUCCAUCACCAAUUCUGGACGGAAAUUCAGACAUUCGGUAUGGUACGAGGCAGGCCGCAUUGUUGGCGGAGAAGGUGGAAUGUCUGGAUUGGCUAGACAAGCAGGCUGUCAAGUCUGUAGUGUACGUGUCCUUUGGGAGCUUGGCGAUCUUAAACAUGAAUCAAUUGGAGGAAGUGGCUCUAGGCCUAGAGGCAACUGGUGAACCAUUUCUUUGGGUGGUGCGCCCCACUUUGAUGGACGGAGUGACGGCCGUUUUUCCCCCAGGAUUCAUCGAACGAGUUGGAGGUCGAGGGUGUUUAGUUUCUUGGGCUCCCCAGCUCUCAGUCUUAUCUCAUCCUUCUAUUGCUUGUUUUAUUACUCACUGUGGAUGGAAUUCGACUUUGGAGAGUAUCAGCACAGGCGUUCCCAUGCUAUGUUGGCCACAUUUCAUAGAUCAGUUCCUUAACUGUUCUUACGUAGUGAAUGAGUGGAAGGUUGGAUUACAAUUGAUGGCAAACAAACAAGGAAUAAUAGAAAGGAAGGAGAUUACAAAUGCGGUGGAUAAGCUGGUGCGUGGAGAGGAAGGUCGUGAGAUGAAGAAAAGAGUGGCAAUGCUCAAGGAAAGCGCAAGGGCAUCGGGUGAGAAAGGAGGAUCUUCGUCAAUCAAGUAUAAUCAAUUUCUUGACGCCAUGAAAAGAAACCAAAGUGUAAAAUGA